AGGAGGAGGAGGAGGAGGAAGGGGAGCGGCGGCAGAAGCAGCCAGCCCCGGUUUAGCGUAUCCCUCUCGCCCAUGCCAGGUGCCCGUCCCCGGCUGCGCGGUGAUUGAGGAGCCAUGGGGCCUCUGCGGGAGAGCAAGGAGCAGAAGCUGCAGCUGGAGAAGGAAGUAUCCCGCAGCCGCAUCCCCCGCCUGGUCCUCCGGCCGCAGCAGAAGGUGUCCCCCGCUUCCGAGUCGCCUUUUUCGGAAGAGGAGAGCCGGGAAUUCAACCCGCCCAGUUCCUCCGGGGGCUCCGGCAGGACCGUCAGCAGCAAUAGCUUCUGCUCAGAUGACACUGGCUGUCCUAGUAGCCAGUCAGUAUCUCCAGUUAAGACUCCUUCUGAUGCUGGAAACAGUCCAAUCAUUUUUUGCACUGGUAGCGAUGGAGACUUCUCCAGGAAGAAAUUCAGUCCAGGGACAAUGAGUGAAGGGAACCCACAGCUGCCUCGGCAUAAGAAGGAGACAAAGACAAGCCUUGUAAAGCCCGGGAGUGAAGCUGAUUUUAGCUCUUCAAGCAGCACAGGCAGUAUUUCAGCUCCUGAAGUCCAUAUGUCUGCUGCUGGAAGCAAAAGAUCUUCUUUUUCCCGCAAUCGUGGCCCUUAUGGUCGGAAUAAUGGAUCCUUGUCCUACAAGUCUGGAACCAGCCCACCUGCUUCCCGGGAAAAGGACCCUUUGUCAACACUGUGCAAAAACCAGCUGAGUCCUGCUAGCAUCCAUCAGAGUUACAGGGCUUCUUCAGCCAGCAGCAGCAACUCAGGCUCAUACAAAGGGAGCGACAGCAGCCCAGUGAUGAGGCGAUCAGGGAGAUACAAUUCUUGUGGUGAAAAUCACAGCAUGAAGCCACAAAAUCCAGAGCAGUAUUUGACUCCUCUGCAGCAGAAAGAGGUGACAGUACGUCAUCUGAAAACAAAGCUGAAGGAAUCUGAGAGCAAACUUAAAGAAAGGGAGACAGAAAUACAAGAGCUAAAAGCUCAGCUGGGACGGAUGAGGGAAGACUGGAUUGAAGAGGAGUGUAACCGUGUGGAGGCAGAGCUGGCCUUAAAGGAAGCAAGAAGUGAAAUUAAACAGCUCAAGCAGGUUAUUGAAACCAUGAAAAACAGCUUGGCUGAGAAAGACAAAAAAAUUCAGAAAUACUUCAUAGACAUAAACGUUCAAAAUAAGAAACUGGAAUAUCUGCUGCAGAGCAUGGAGAUGAGGGAUGAGCAGUGCCUGGAGUACAUGUGUGACUCAGAGGGGAAGCCAUUAGCGUUGUGUGCCACGAUGCCAGACAGCCUCAUCACAGAGGACCAGGCUCUGGAGGAGGUGGCAGACAGUGGGCUGCUUCUUAAUGAGGACACAGCUAACGGCACUGAUUCAUCUGAAGAGGGUUUGACCACCACAACCUUUGAGUUGAGUGAUCCAGCUCCCUCCGGUUCUGCUGUGAAUAAAGAGAUGCUUGAAAAGGUUCUGGAGGAAAAACUAACUUCUUUCCAGGAGGAGGAGAACAGCAGCAACAUGAUGGUGGAACAGGCCGUCCAGACUGAUGUGGUGCCAUAUAGCCUGGAUGUGGAGCAGCUCAUCCAAAACAUCUUCAGGGCUCAAGAUACCUGUCCUCUAAGCCCACCUUCUUCACUGAAGGAAAUGGGUGAAUUUUCUUUUGGAAGCUUCAGUGAUUCCGGCAUGAUAGUGGACUUAACUCCAAGUGAUCCAAACUCUGCCAUCCUUUUGUCUCCUAUGGAGUCUCCAUGCAGGAAGGUGGAACACAGAGUUAAUGAAAACCGUUUCAUGAAAGAACUUGAUUUUGUAGAACCUCAUGAUGACGAAGCCUUUGGGUAUGUCAGUACUUUCUCUCAGACAGGAAUAAAGAGGAGAUACUGGAGCAGCAGUCUCCUCAGAGAUGUUCUGGCUGUAGCAGCCCCUGUUGUACCAACUCUGGUGUGGGCUUUCAGUACUCAGAGAGGAGGAACGGAUCCCAUUUACAACAUUGGAGCGUUGCUCCGUGGUUGCUGCCUGGUGGCUCUGCACUCUUUGCGCCGUACACCCUUCAAUAUCAAAACCUAAAGUCCACUCUGUCCCUGGGCACCAACUGGCUGAGGCACAGAGAAAGAAAGAUGAGAGAGAUCAUAUAAGUUAUUGUAUAUUCUGGCAGAGUCCAUAAUUUUGCUUUUGACUGUUUGAUUUGCACUAUCAAUCGGUUCGAAAACACGUUCCUUGUUUCAAAAUAAAAAAGCUGAGCCCUGUAGUUCCACGAGAUGUUUUUAACUGGUGUUUUUAGCAGUACUGCUGCCUACAGAAAUAGUCCUCCUGCUCCCAGGCACUGCGUCCCUCCCCUGCCCUCAUGUCCUUCUGGUGCCAGCGCCUCUGCACAGUGAAGGUGACCAGGGAAACCAAGCUCAGGUUCACCGGGCAAAAGCGCUUUGCAGGGGCUGAAGGGCAGCACAAGAUGCACGGGGGGACAAACGGCCAGAGGGAAGUAAAGUAUUUCUUUAGGCAGCACUAACCUGAAACAUUUGUGAAACUACAGUGUUAAGCGACAUGGAGACUCGUUCCCCCUAAGGGUAUCACAUCCUGCUCCAGAAAGCAUGCUAGCGCUUUCCAUUUGUUGUCCAAAGUGUCGAUUCAAUUUAGAGGUAAAACCCAUAUUCCCCCGGCAGCUUCCAGCACAUCGUUCGUGCCUGUCGCGUGUAGUGCUCUUCUCCAUCCUACAAUUGCUCGGGCAUUUCACUGGUCUUGUGCGUAUACGGGGACUGUAACCAAAAAUGUACGUUGUUGGGAGUCUUGAGCCGUGUUACGAUGAUAAGUAUAGGUGUGGAUACACUUGGAAUCUCAAUGUUGUUUGGAAGUCUUAAUGUAUUGGAACCCAAUAGUCUUUCGAGCCCUUUGAAAUACUAUGUAUAAAUGUAUUGUGUUUUAACUUAUUGUUUAUUUAAUUGCUCUAUUGUAAAUUACCUUUAUAAUCACAAGUUCAGUAAAGCAUGUUAGAUAUGUCAAA